GUCUUUCAAAAGAAAAGACUAACGUAUAGUCAUUUUAUUCUUUGCCUUUUGAAGAUAGAAAAAUCAAACCAAAAUGACAAAUUUCGGCGUGUCAAAUAGAAAGUCAAAAAGUUCCGCGCACGUUGCGCACGUGUUCAUAAAAGGAACUGAGGUGAAGAAUUAGGUUUAGGUGGUUUAAUUUGAACGUACGUGUACAUUUUCCGUUAAUUCAUCAUAAAUAUUAAUCAAUAAAACAUCAGCAACAUUGUACACAAUGUAAAACUUAGAGUUACCGUUAAGCUAUGUCGAGAGAAGGUUAUAGCCCAGAAAAGAAAGAAAGUGACAACAAGGCUGUUUUAGAGCGAUUACAGUCUUAUUUGAAAGACAAGAAAAACACUGACGUUUCCGACACGAGCGCCGGGUACAGCAAACCAAGUACGAGCUACGAUCCGAACACAAAUACUGUCCCGAACAUAGAAGAUAGUAGUAAUAUUUUACGCGAAGUACUGAACUACAAAAAAGCAGAAUUGCUUCGGCAACCAGACGUAACAGAGUUUUUAAAGGCAAUCACGAAAGACUUGAAGAAGUAAUGGCGGUAGCGGCUAGGAAAAGCGUCGCGUCCUUGAUGCAAAAAACUCUGGAUCGCCAAGCGGCUUUAGCUCGUACUAGAUUGAAAUUCUCCGAAAAACAAAUAGAACAGAUACUUCUUAAUUAUGCUAAAACAGGAAACAUUGGACCUUACUCGGAAUUAGUCAGAGUUUUGAGAGAUUACCCAUUAAAUGAUGAGAAUUUUCGGAUUAUUCUCGAAGAUUGUCUCUCUUGCGUUCUGAUUAUGGGACAGGAUUUCAAGCAGUUUGUAGAAGCAGUGUGCAAUGUUGAGUGGGCUAGUAGGUGUGAAAAGUUAGUCAACCUUUUCAGCACCUUCAUCAUUAGCCUAGUCACUGCACAUAUUUACCAUUGUCCGCAAGUGAUGAGCUGUCUGGUUAAGGUUUUUAAAGCUAAUGAAGAAAACUGGGAUGACACUCCACCAACAGAGAAAUUGAAUAGCUGGUCUAACAUUCAUACAAUCAUAGGACAAAUUAUCGCAAUAAUGCCGAUGACAAAUGAACUUUUAAUGGAGACUGUGAUAGAUCAAUUUCCAUAUCACAAAGCUGGUUGUAGUUCAAAUAGAUCUUUCAUAUAUAACCUUAUAUGGAUUAGCAAAUACCUACCUUCACUUACAGAGGAAAUUAUGAUGAUUAUUAUUAAUAGAAUGAUAGUAAUGGAUGGCAAUAUAGUGGAAAGUGACAAUAAAAUGAAACAGAAUGACACACUAUUUGACAUGGAUGUGGAACAACAUGAUGACAUCUCUGAAACCCUAGACUAUAGUAUGCUAGAAGUAUUGCACUGGCUACAGGAAGAAAGAGACCCUAUUUUGCACCACAUGUGCACAGCUUUUGAAAAAAUAAUACUACCAACUUACGGAAUCAGGCAUGUUCAAUUUUUACUGCUGUAUACAAUAUCAAUAAACCAACAUUGCGCUGACCGAGUUCUCAACAAUCUGUGGACAGUAGCGGCAGGGCUUCAAGGUCUAGGACCUGGUGCAUUGGCAACAAGACGAACAGCUGCCAGUCAUCUUGCAGGCCUGCUGGCUCGUUGUGUUCGAGUUCCUAACUCAAGAUUAGUACAAUUCUUGAAGACAAUGACAGAUUGGUGCCAUUCCUACAUCUCUGCAGCUCAAGAGUCCACCACUGUUACUGAUAACAUUAAAGCUCAUGGAGCCUUCCAUGCUAUAUGUCAUGCUGUGUUUUACCUAAUUGCAUUCAAACACCAGCAUCUGUUUAUGAGUAAAGAAAGCUUAAACUUUGUGGAGUCUCUUAAUCUUCCUCGGCUAGUGGCUUGCACACUGAAUCCUCUCCGCACCUGCCCACCGCAAGUGACACGAGCAUUUUCAUCGGUGACUCGAUCUCACCAAAUUGUGUAUUGUCAAGCUAUUAUUGAGAACAACGCGCGACACACGUUACAGUCUGCAGAUAUUUUGCAGUAUGAUGAAUGGUUUCCAUACGACCCUUAUCAAUUACCUAGAAGCGGUAAAAUAAUAUGGCCGCUGUGCAUCGAUUACAAAGACUGGUUAAAAGAAGGCGAUGACGAAACUCAAUACUCAAACAUGAAAAAGAAAAUGGAGGCAGACGAUGACGACUUUUUAAUGUCUGUUAGUCCAUGUUCUAAACUAGCAAGCUCACUGUCCAAUGGAGUAUUACCUGGAUUUAGAACAAGUGAAAGCAUACCAUACUAAAAUUUAUUUAUUUAUUUUUAAGGAGAAAAGUAAAAAUGUACUCUAUAAAACUUUAGAAAUAAAUGAAACUGUCUAAUUUACUUUGUAUAACUUAUUGUGAAGUUUUAGAUGCUGCUAUCCUGCAUCUAUUUAUGCUUAAAACAUGUUAUUAGUCAAUGUACAUACUUUACAUUCGUUGAUUACUCUGCCUUUUUAUUCUAUUUAAUUGCGUAUUGACUGUAAAAAAUAUAAUAAAGUAUAUUUAUGGAAUAA